UGGGCGCGGGCUGAGCAGCGGGUAGGCUUGCCUGUGCCAACGCCCUUUAGCGCUGGCUCUCGCCGGAGACGGGAGCGGCUCUUUCUCUCCGCCACAGCCCCGAGCGAGGCAGCCGAUCGGGUGGCGCCCGCGGCCCGGCCUAGCGCAGCGGACUCAGGUUUGAGGUGCGUUCUCGUGUUGAUAGCGUGACGUCCCCAGCUUCUCCUGCUUUUGUACUAUACUGCCCUUGCCCCACUGCCAGCCACCAUGGAUAAGACCGAGUUGAUCCAGAAAGCCAAGCUGGCUGAGCAAGCUGAGCGCUAUGAUGAUAUGGCCACCUGCAUGAAGGCAGUAACUGAGCAAGGUGCCGAGCUGUCCAACGAGGAGCGCAACCUGCUGUCGGUGGCCUACAAGAACGUAGUGGGGGGGCGGCGCUCUGCCUGGAGGGUCAUCUCUAGCAUUGAGCAGAAGACAGACACCAGUGACAAGAAGAUGCAGCUUAUCAAGGACUAUCGGGAGAAGGUGGAGUCUGAGCUCAGGUCCAUCUGCACCACUGUGCUGGAGCUGUUGGACAAAUAUUUAAUAGCUAAUGCAACUAAUCCAGAGAGCAAGGUAUUCUACCUGAAGAUGAAGGGAGACUACUUCCGAUACCUUGCUGAAGUUGCCUGUGGUGAUGACAGAAAACAAACAAUAGAAAACUCACAGGGAGCUUAUCAGGAGGCAUUUGAUAUCAGCAAGAAGGAGAUGCAGCCAACACAUCCAAUUCGCUUGGGUCUAGCUCUUAACUUCUCUGUAUUUUAUUAUGAGAUUCUCAACAAUCCUGAGCUUGCCUGCACACUGGCAAAAACAGCGUUUGAUGAGGCUAUCGCAGAACUUGAUACACUGAACGAAGACUCAUACAAAGACAGUACUCUCAUCAUGCAGUUGCUUAGAGACAACCUAACAUUAUGGACAUCAGACAGUGCAGGAGAAGAAUGUGAUGCUGCAGAAGGUGCAGAAAACUAAACUGCACACGGGGUGUCAUUCUCCCUUUCCUUCUCAAGAAACCUUUUUACACGUCUCCAUUCCUUAUAGCUCCACUUGGAUUUCCUAUAGCAAAGAAAACCCAUCCAUGUGUAUGGAAAUCAAUUUAUAGUCUUUUCACACUGCAGCUUUGGGAAAACUCCAUUCCUUGAUUUGUGUUUGUCCUGGCCUUCCUGGUGUGCGGUUACUGCUGUAGAAAAGUAUUAAUAGCUUCAUUUCAUAUAAACAUAAGUAACUUCCAAACACUUAUGUAGCGGACUAAAGUGUACCUGGUAUUUAAAAACAAAUCUGAACCAGUUCCUGCCAGUUGACUGUGUUUUGUAUUACAGUAAGAUAUGAAAAUGUAGUUAAUUGCAACUAAAGAGUGUUCCACAUAGCUUUUAAUUCUCCACAUUCCCUUCUUAUUCUGCAGGGUUUCCUUUCCAUAAUUGACUUUCACAUGCCACUGUGUAUUCUUUUCAGUAGGAAUAUGGAAGUAUUGGGCCAGAUCAAGUUGAGCAUUUCUAGUUUGGAAAACAACAAAUUGAGUUGCUUCCUGUAUCAUGUAAUACAGAAGCUUGUGUGUUUGAAAACAGGGGCUUCUCUUAAUCUUCAGUUGCUGCUGUUUAAGUUGAUAUCCCUUCCCAAUAAAAGUUCACUUACACUCCUGCCUUUGUAGUUCUGGUAUUCACUUUACUAUGUAUUAGAAGCAGCAUGUUACUGCCGGAGUACAGGCAGUGCUUUUUGGCAGACUAAAGUGCAUGUCAUUUCUUAAUACACUGGAAUGGGAAAACCAAUUGAAGUUCACAUGUCCAAGUAUAAAAUUUAGUACUUUUCCAUGCAGGUUUGUGCACAUGUGAGAAGGUGUCAAGUUUGUCCAGUGAUUGUUAUUUAGAGAGUUUGGACCACUAUUGUGUGUUGCUAAUCAUUGAUUGUAGUCCCAAAAAAGCCUUGUGAAAAUGUUAUGCCCUCUGUAACAGCAAAGUAACAUUAAAUAAAAUUACAUUUUAUAAACCA